AUGGGUCCGGAUGCUGCUGCUGCUGCAGCAGCAGCAGCAGCAAGUGCUGCUGCUGCUGUUGCUAGCACUGCAGCAGUUGCCGACUUGAGCCAGAUGCAGCAACAGCGACAGCAAAAGCAGCAGAAGCUACAAGGGUUUAAGGUUCAGGAGAUGGACUCAGGGAAGGGUGGCGCCUCUCUGAUUGAGAAGCGCGUAGAAGAGCAGGUGCUGCGAGCUCUGCAGGAGAAGGAAGCAGCUUUAGAUGCUGCACUUCAGCAGCAGCAGCAGCAGCAGCAGCAGCAGCAGCGGCAGCAGCGGCAGCAGCAGCAGGGAGAAGAAGAUGCAGAUGAGGAGUUAGAGAGGCUACGACAGCAGAGACGCAAACAGUGGCAGCAGCAGCAGCAGCUGCUGCAGGAAGGACACGGGGGUAUAACAGAGCUGCAGGAAGAAAAAGAGUUUUUCGCUAUUGCAAAGAAGACACAACUUGUUGGUUUAGUGCGCUUCCCAUGCGCCGCGAACUUUCUGCUGAGCAGUAGCAGCAGCAGCAGCAAGCGGAGGAACCGCAGCAGCAGCAACAGCAGCAGCAGCACCAGUAGCAGCAGCACCAGUAGCAGCAGCACCAAUAGCAGCAGCAGCAGCAGCAGCAGCAGCAGCAGCAGCAGAUGCGUGUGCUGCAUUUGUGGUCAGGGGAAGGCUUUAAUUUGCAGCUCUUAG